AUGUGUCUUCAAGACAGUGCCCUCCCACUAUGGCACAUUUUCUGCGCUUUGCUCUGCACAUCGAUCAGUGUGCUCUUCCAGCCGGCCGGCCAUGUUUCAUUCAUCGAUGACUUGAAAGUCAACACCGCAUUUAUAUCACCCAUCACAGGGGCUUUCUGGUUUCUGCGCAAUGUGUUUGGAAUUCUCGGGUGCAGGGUAUCCAACUUGGCGGACUUUCCGGCAGCUCUAUGGAUCGCCUCAGAGAAGGAAUUCCAGAGUCAUGGUGGGCCCUACGUGAUGAGCGGCCUCGGACGAGGACCACGGAAUAGCUACGUUACUGCCCGAUGGGUGUUUUUCGUCCUGAUCACCCUCCCGCUUUACCUCAGUCUGGUCUACUUUGUCCAGGUCUGGUGGGCGACAACAUGGGCAACUUGCCUGGUAUCCAAAUUCCUCUUGCUCGAGCUCCUGGCAAGAUACUACCGCCCAUCGCAGACAAGGAUAGUCGUACACACAACCUGGCCCGAAGUACCGUUCAUCACUCUGUCCAGCACCCGAACACCCGCUGAACCCAGCAAAUCCGACCAGAACCCCGUCCAGGGGAAUGAAGCCAUCGCAGAACAGAGCAUCGACCCCAAAGACGCAAAGGCCCUUCUCCCCCUCUGCGCGCGCAUCGAGAAAUUCGUCUCCAUCACGACCCAAAGCCCCGACGAGGCAGAACGCAGCCGCAUGACCGCAGCAAAAGACUUCUACCUCCGCAAAGUCAUACACCACGAGUCUGUCGACCCCCGACUCUGCUGCGCGCACACACGUUGUCGCCUGUUCAAACUAUUCCAUGUACUAGAGAGCGCACAGCCCUACCUGUCAUUGACCCUCGAGGCUCUCGUCUUCCUGUACCUGGGCCACCAGAAUCUACGCACAAUCACCGUCCUCGCCACCKGGUGGAUCAUGAGACCCCGCUGGGUGAUGUUUGCCGUCUCCCUGGGUACGAGGGUUACUUUGGUGGUACUCUUCCCGAUGCUUCUGGGGUCGGUGGUGAUGGCCGUUCUGCGUGAACGCGGCCUCUUCUGCCGCCGCGUGUUGGAGCUUAUGUGUUUGACUAUCCUGGGGGUUGCUUGUGUGGUGUAUUUCUUGGCGUUUGGGUAUCCGCCUAUUUCGCCUUUUACGUUUGCGUGGGUGGCGGAGGUGAUCGCUGCUCUGGUGAUACUAGGAGUGGGGGUCGAGGUCUGUGUAUGGAUCGCGCGAGGGCCGCGGCGAAAGGUGGAUGGACCCUGGUCGACUGGGGAGGAAUGGAGGACUAUCAGCGAUAGGGAGAAGGUUGCAGAUGACCCGCCGCUGUUGGAUCAUCUGUUUGUGUUUGCUUGGACCGUGGUGUUUCUGAUUCCUGCGGUUGUUGUGUGGGUUCUGAUGAAGACGGUGUAUUGUGCUGCGAUAGCCUCACAGGAAGCCGAGAUUCAGAGGAGGUUUGAGGAGUAUUAUGAGCGUCCGGGGCUUUAG